AUUAAAUUGGCAUUUAAUCAGAGUAAAUGCACUGCUUAAUGUGCAAAACUUAUUUCGGAAUCAAUGGCACUCACUAAAAAAGAGGUUAGCAAUCAUAUACCUCGUGAUAUUUCUUUUCUUAUUCUAUCCAAAUUGCCUGUGAAAUCUCUCAAGCGAUUUACAUGUGUGUGUAAAUUUUGGGCUAAUUUUUUUGAAAAACCUCAAUUCAUGAGCAUGUACCUGUCUAAAUAUGAUGAUCAUCAUAAUUCAAGACUCCUCCUUAAGCAGACUCCUUCUUUCUUCGACUAUGAUGAUCAUGAUUAUUUAUUUUUGCUUCUUGGUGAGACGUUUGAGAAUAGUGUCAAGUUAGAUUGGCCACCUCCAAUUGAUGUGGAUCGCGAAGGUAUUUUAAUUGCUGGUUCUAUUGUUAAUGGCAUACUUUGUCUCUGUCAAGGCAAUGGAAGAGGUGACACCACUUGGAUUGCACAAAAAGUUGUAUUGUGGAACCCAUCUACAGAGGAAUUCAAAGUCAUUCCUAAUGGUUCUUUUGAACAUGCAAUUCUGAAAGCCUUUCCUCCUGGCACUGUUUUUGAGGAUCUUCCUGUUAUUAAUACUAUUGUUAACAUUCAUGGUUUUGGUUAUGACCCAGUGUCCGAUGACUACAAGCUGAUUCGAUGUUUUUGUUUUUUCGACAAUCCCGAGAAGCGUGAUCCAAAUGAUGAGAUCUUAUGGCAGAUAUAUGACCUAAGAAGCAACUGUUGGAGGGAUCUUCAAGUAGAAAUGCCAAGUCAUCUUUGGACUGACAUGUGGCAAGAGACUGGUUAUGCGGUGUACUUGCAAGGGAUGUGCCACUGGUGGGGCUAUGAAGAUUAUUUUGGGGAUGAGGUGUUGGUAUCAUUUAACCUGAGUAAUGAGGUCUUCAUUACAACACCCUUCAACCAUAAUUAUGGUAGAUUUGCUAAACACAUGGUGGUGUUGAAAGAGUCCAUUGCUAUGAUCGAGUAUCAAGAUUCUUCUUGUCUUUACAUAUCAAUUUUGGGUGAAUUUGGUGUGGCGGAUUCAUGGACGAGACUUUUGAAAAUUGGACCCCUACCCGGUGUGUUGGAACCUAUUGGAGUUGGAAAGAAUGGCGAUAUAUUCUACAUAAAUUAUGAUGAAGAAGUUGCAAGGUUUGAUUUAAAUGCUGAAGUGAUUGAAGAUAUGGGGGUUAAUGGAAGGCAUAGAUGUAGUCAAAUGGUUAUUUAUAAUGAAAGUCUUCUUCCAAUUGGAGGAAUGCGUGGUUGAUUGUUUUCCUUAGCAUGCAUUAGAGGUUAUGGUUAUUAGAAAUGGAUUAGUGUGUUAUUUUUUUUUAAUUUUAAAUUCUAUUAAAUGGAUUGUAAACUAUACAUGUUAUAUUUUGAAAGGAUAAUGAUGUAUGGUGCGAUUUGUAUCACCCAUGAUGUCAACAUCUCUCCAUGAAUUCCACCAAAAAUGGAAAUUUAAGUUUGAACAUCCAAUAUAUGCUAUGUAUGUGUUGUUUUGUUGGUUUUCGUCGCUGCUAGAUUGUUUGCUCUUCUUUAUCCAAUUGUAAUACUCAUUAUAAUAUGAAUAAAAUGUCUUCUGUUAUCA